GACUUUUUAUCUAACAAAAGGCAUGCAGAUCACUGCCAUAGGUUUGAUAUAAUGUUUGUAUUUAGUGUAUGUGUGCUGUGUAUUGGAAGUUUUGCCUGUUGUCCUGAUUACAAAAAUCCUGCCAAAUAAUUAUGUACUGAUAAAUGAGGUGCUACUACAUAGCAUGAUAUUUAGCUACUAGCAUGGGAAAAGAGAAUAUGCAAAACAAAUCAUGGACCAAACUAAGAAUAAAAACCAAUAGCCCAGUCGGACACUCAGAUAAUUCCACAGUCCCUCCUAUGAGGAAAAAAACAAUUUCAGCUGUGAGUCUGAUCUGAGGAACACUUAUUCUAGUCCCGGAUUCUGCAAACUGCAUUUGGGGAGUUUAUCACUGCCUUCUCAUCUUCCAUAAUGUACAGCUGGGGUGUAGCAAUUGCCGUAGAAAAUUACAGGAAUAUAAGACCAAUCCCCUCUUAAAAUUGGUUAUUUCUAAUGGUCUGUGUGUACUGUGUGUGUCUGCAGAGCUCUGCCGUCUCCCAGUAUCCCCACACCGACUGCACAGGAGAUGCAGGACAUCGUGGAGUACAUGGUGGCUGGCAGAGACAGCCUCAACCUUGAGCAGGUAGGUGCCCUGGCAGUUGAAGGACCAGCCAUUCCUCUAUGGGGAGUCCUGGCAACUCAGCAUGCUCUGAGUGUGAGUGCUGCAACCUCUGAGGAGAUGGAUGCUAUCAUUGACACUCUGGUCACUGAGCAGGAGGUGGAGGACCUGACUUGUCUCAUUCUCAGGGAGCUGGAGGAGAGCUAUCCAUGGAUGGCCCGCAGUAUUGAACAGGUCUAAGGUCAUCUACUGGUCCAGAAUGGUGUUCUCUUGGGAACUGCUAGACAUCACUGGUCUAGCGGACACUCUGCUGAGACUGACAGUGUGUGAGCUACAGAGACGCUCCAUACUCCAGACCUGCGGUGGCCUCUUGCAACUCACUCAUCAUGACGUUCAGGGUGCUGUUCAACUCAAGUACAGUCACCUGUCGUCCAGUGAGAGUUUGCUGCAGUGGACUGAGCAACUCACUACCUACUAUCUCCAGUCUUCCAGUAGUCUGAUGAGUAGGACAGCAGAGGAGGUUCCGUGGCAGCUCCAGAGAGCAGACCUCAAGAAAGAGCUCUACCACACAGUCCUGAAUGUGGACAUUCUCCUCCAGCUCUACUCUGGUGGCCAUGGGGAGGAGUUGCUGGGCUACUGGAGAGAGUUGGACCGCAAUCUGAAUGUCAUGGCUGCCCAGUACUACACCGCUCUCAGAGCCAUUGAGGAGCAGCAGGAAGGGAGUAUGAGUCAGCCACCAGAGAGGAUGUGCUCCAUGUUCAGGACAGUGGGGAAGGUGUUGGACAGUCUGGGAUUCUCCGAUGAGGCUCUGCCGCUGUUCCAGCACAGCCUGCAGUUGUGUGAGGCUAACUUUGAGCCGGACGGAGUGGAGAUUGCUCAAGCCUUUACCGACAUCGCAGACACCUACACUCACAUAUCCAGAUAUGGAGCUGCAGAAGAGUACUACUAUCAGGCGCUGGCAAUAUAUGAAGCAAAUCCUGAUGUUUCUCCAGCACAAGUUCUCAAGGUUGUUGAAGCUCUGGUUGGUGUUCUGGAGAAAUUAAACGGUGCUGAUGUGGCACAGGCUCUCUCGACGAAGGCAUUUGCGAUGAAGAAUAUGACAAAAAUGACACAUACACCCAGUAAUAUCCUCAAGAGCAGAGCGGCCAAGCUGGAGCAGUACUGCUCACAGCAGGAGAGUGAGGAUGACCCUGCCAUUGCACACAAACUGAAUGAAAUGGCCGUCCUCUUGUCUCUCUUUGGAGAUGCCAGCCUUGCAGAAGAGCUGUUCCUGCGGUCGUGGAAGGCCUAUGAGUCGCAGUAUGGGGACAGCGAUGUAAAGGUUGUCACACCACUCCAGAAUCUUGCCCUCUUCUAUACCAAGACUGACUGCCUGGAGAAAGCCACUUCACUGUAUGAAGAAGUGUAUGAAAUACUAAAGAAGAACAGUGCCACUUCAUCACAACAGAUGACUGAAGUUAUUGGGAAACUAGCCACCCUCUACAGACAACAGAACAGACUUGACCUUGCCGAGCCAUUUCAAGUGUAAGUCCCCACACAACAUUUGUUAUUAAGUGGUUCUUGGUGUGUUGAAUAUAGCCAAUAGCUACUUAGACCUCCUGUUACCUCAUAGAAGCAGUGGUCUAGUGGUGCUGUGCUGGGAGCACAAGUGUAACGGGUUUGAAUCCCACUUUUUAUCUUUUUUCUCGUUUCGACAUGUUGAUUAUUCAACUGGCUGGAUGUCCAUGCACACCUUUAACUCUUCUUUAACUCAUUAGCUAUUGGCUAUAUUACUG